UAUCCCCUGAGAUUCACAGAGACAAGGCUGAGAAGGAGACCUCGUGCUCACUGGUUUUCUUCCCCAGCAUCUUAGCAGUGUGGACACUGAUUAACUCCAGCUGGAAUCUGGUUUGCCCAGCCUGUCUUUGAAAUUGAUCAAUGAGCUCCUUCUCGAGGAAUGCUCCCCCCUAACUGUGGAGGAGGAGGUGGUGACUGUGGUGGUCCUCUCCAACAUGGGCAUCCUGGUUCUCAGUGCCUAAGACAAGGUAUUACAAGUGGAUAAAUAAUGUGCACUGCUCUGAGCCCAAAGGUACGCAGUGGACCUGGCCUCUCUGAUAUGCAUCAGUACAGCCAGUGGCUGGCCAGCAGACAUGAAGCUAAUUUGCUACCGAUGAAAGAAGAUCUGGCCUUGUGGUUAACCAAUCUGUUAGGGAAGGAGAUUACGGCAGAAACUUUCAUGGAGAAAUUGGAUAAUGGUGCCUUGCUCUGUCGACUUGCAGAAACUGUGCAGGAGAAAUUCAAAGAGAGCAUGGAUGUUAACAAGCCCGCCAAGAAUCUGCCCUUAAAGAAGAUUCCAUGCAAGGCCAGUGCACCCUCAGGAUCCUUUUUUGCCAGAGACAAUACAGCAAACUUCUUAUCCUGGUGCCGAGAUUUAGGGGUAGAUGAAACAUGUCUGUUUGAAUCGGAAGGUUUGGUCCUCCACAAGCAACCCAGAGAAGUGUGUCUCUGUUUGCUAGAGCUUGGCCGGAUUGCAGCCAGGUAUGGUGUGGAGCCUCCUGGUUUGAUAAAAUUGGAAAAAGAAAUUGAACAAGAAGAAACACUCUCUGCCCCUUCUCCUUCACCUUCUCCUUCAUCAAAGUCUUCUGGAAAAAAGAGUACGGGAAACUUACUGGAUGAUGCAGUGAAACGGAUUUCUGAAGAUCCUCCUUGCAAAUGCCCGAGCAAGUUCUGUGUGGAGAGGCUCUCGCAAGGAAGAUACCGAGUGGGAGAAAAGAUCCUCUUCAUUAGGUUCCUCAGUAAAAACAUGGAAUCUUGGUUCUGGACCCAGCAGGUGCCUUCAUCACCUAACUGCCAAGACUUUUAUUUCAGGAAUCUUACUGAUUCACGUCAACUUUUCAUUCACUGGAAUGAUGCUGCACAACAAGCAUGUCAUGGUCCGUGUGGGAGGAGGUUGGGAAACUUUUGCAGGGUAUUUGUUGAAACACGACCCCUGCCGGAUGCUGCAGAUCUCCCGUGUGGAUGGCAAGACAUCCCCCAUCCAGAGCAAAUCUCCAACCCUUAAGGACAUGAAUCCAGAUAAUUACCUGGUGGUCUCUGCCAAUUAUAAGGGAAAGAAGGAAAUUAAAUGAAACUAGUUGGUCACUACAAGGGGACUCUCAUAAUGGCCUGUAUCCACAUCUCCAGUAGUCAGUUUAGUUCACAUGCUCUGAAAAUUACUUUGGAAAAAGACAUAACAGACAGAAAGAUGUCAUCAUGUUGAAACAUGCUCAAAGAGUAGCACUAUUUAUUUUGAAUGCUUCUGUAGAAAAUGACCUAUUAAAAGAAAUUCUCAACUCAGAUUUAAAUUAGACAAACUGUAGGCAAAUCAUUGUUUCUCAAUAUGUGAACAUGGUAUUUAGAACACAAUAUUAGCAAUACAAUUCUAGCUAAAGAUAAAAAUUUUUAGAAGAAAAUAGGAUUUACAGUUAAGUCAACAGAAAGUGCCUGCCUAAUGUGUACAGAAUAACAGCACCCCAGAUAUUUUUUAUAAUUGCAGGAUUUUUAAGCUGAUUUUUAAAAAGUGACAAUUAGUGUGAUGAUGUGCUACUAAAAAUAUCCAACAGCACUAUAAAUUAAAGUACAGUGUAUCCACGACAGUAAUACGUUACUGGAAAGGCCACUUCAGAAAAGUUUACAUUCACUUGGAAGAAUGCCUUAAAGUUUAUCCCUUAUCUCUGAACAAACACCUGGGGCACUUUUGGAAGUUUUCACUACACCCCUUAGAGAAUGGCUUAUGAGUUGUUUACACAUUCCUAGACACGUGGCUGUGUUGAGACUGAGUGUAAUUCACACACAUAAGCUGACAUACAUUUAUAUUUUGAAAGAGUAAAUUGUACAGUCAAAUGUCCAUUGACUUCAUGUUAUUUCAAAGCAUUUUCUUAUUAUAUCUUUAGUUAACCCAACUUUGCUGUGCUGUCUAGUAAAGUAAUUUCACUGUAGCUAAUAAUGUUACAGACUUAUGUAUACCCUUGUAUACCUAGGACAGGGCUGUUUUGUACUCAUAAACAGCAAAAUAUUGUCCUCACUGAUUGAAGAAUUAAAAAGAUGUUAAAAAAUUU